CACAAGAUCACUGUAAAAAUGCAAUUGCUUUGCCUGUUCCUGCUGGUGACCGGCAAUGUGUUUGCCAAAGAGGUCCACAAGAUGGAAAGUGUUGGGACAGUGAUUGGAAUAGACCUUGGGACGACCUACUCAUGUGUUGGAGUGUUCAAGAAUGGCCAUGUCGAGAUUAUUGCCAAUGACCAGGGAAACCGCAUCACUCCAUCAUACGUGGCCUUCACCACUGAAGGUGAGCGUCUCAUUGGAGACGCUGCGAAGAACCAGCUGACCUCUAACCCUGAGAACACCGUCUUUGAUGUCAAGAGGUUAAUUGGCUGCACGUGGGGCGACUCGACUGUGCAGCAGGACAUUAAAUACCUUCCCUUUAAGGUUAUUGAGAAGAAGAACAAGCCUCACAUCCAGCUGGACAUCGGAUCAGGUCAGAUGAAGACUUUCACUCCUGAGGAAAUCUCUGCUAUGGUUCUGACUAAAAUGAAGGAAAUGGCGGAGGCUUACCUUGGAAAGAAGGUCACACAUGCUGUGGUCACUGUGCCCGCUUAUUUCAACGAUGCCCAGCGCCAGGCCACCAAAGAUGCAGGAACCAUCGCCGGUCUGAAUGUCAUGAGGAUCAUUAAUGAGCCAACCGCCGCCGCCAUCGCUUACGGUCUGGACAAGAGGGACGGUGAGAAGAACAUCAUGGUGUUUGAUCUCGGCGGCGGCUCCUUCGACGUUUCUCUGCUGACCAUUGAUAAUGGUGUAUUUCAAGUGUUGGCCACCAAUGGAGACACUCACCUCGGUGGUGAAGACUUCAAUCAGCAUGUCAUGGAGCACUUCAUUAAGCUAUACAAUAACAAGACUGGAAAGGAUGUGCGCAAGGACAACCGCGCAGUGCAGAAGCUGCGUCGUGAAGUGGAGAAGGCCAAGAUAGAUCUGUCCACCCAGCAUCAGGCCCACAUCGAGAUUGAGGCCUUCUUCGAGGGUGAAGACUUCUCUGAGACGCUGACCCGUAACAAGUUUGAGGAGCUCAACAUGGACUUGUACCGCUCCACCAUUACACUAAUGCAGAACGUUCUGAAAGACUCCAACCUGAAGACGAGUGACAUUGACGAGAUCAUCCUGGUCGGCGGCUCCACUCGUAUUCCCAAGAUCCAGCAGCUGGUAAAAGAGUUCUUCAACGGCAAGGAGUUGUCCAAAGGAAUCAACCCAUACGAGGCCGUAGCAUAUGGAGCCGCUGUCCAGGCUGGAAUCCUGUCUGGAGAAGAGGACACUGGUGACCCACUGCUUCUGGACGUAAACCCUUUGACCUUGGGCAUUGAGACGGUCGGAGGAGUGAUGACCAAACUCAUUCCCAGGAACACAGUCGUGCCCAUCAAGGAAUCCCAGAUGUUCUCCACCUCUUCUGACAACCAGCCAACUGUGAAGAUCCAAGUUUAUGAAGGUGAGCGUCCGCUGACCGAGGAUAACAACCUCCUGGGCACCUUUGACCUGACUGGCAUCCCUCUGGCUCCCAGUGGCGUCCCUCAGAUCGAGGUCACCUUCGAGAUCGACGUCAAUGGCAUUCUGCGUGUCACCGCCGAAGACAAGGGCACGGGCAACAAGAACAAGAUCACAAUCACCAACGACCAGAACCGGCUGACGCCCGAGGACAUCGAGCGCAUGGUGAACGAGAAUAAGCGCUUUGCUGAUGAGGACAAGAAGCUGAAGGAGCGCAUCGACGCCUGCAAUGAGCUGGAGAGCUACUCCUACUCCCUGAAGAACCAGAUUAGGAACAAAGAGAAGCUGGGUGGCAAACUUUCAUCUGAAGACAAGGAGGCCAUUGAGAAGGCCAUCGAGGAGAAGAUCGAGUGGCUGGAGUCUCACCAGGAUGCAGAUCUUGAGGACUUCCAGGACAAGAAGAAGGAGCUGGAGGAACUUAUGCAGCCCAUCAUAAGCAAGCUUGUCAUCGGCGCUGGCGGCCCACCACCGGAGGAGGAAGAUGAAAAGGAUGAGUUGUAA